UGUCUCUUCUAAGUAUAGUUAGCCUAGAAAAUCUGAAAUUUUUUCGAUGUCAAAAAAUUUAAACUUGAUGAACUAUUGAUUGAGUGCCAUCCCCGUCUCUUUAGGCCAAGUACAAUGAAAAUUAAACAGAUACAUAUUUGAUGUCAUGGAUAUUGUACCGUACGUUUCAGUUUAUAUUGAUGCUAGCUGGAGGGACUUUUUAGUUGCCAUUUCAAAAUGCACUGUAAGCAGUGUAGACCGCAAAAGAACAGAAGAAGAAAUACAGAAAAUAUGGACAAAUGAAGCAAAUUCUAAUUUUGUCCUUCCAUGCUUAUCUGUCCGAUCUGCACUUGAUCUUUUCUUGCGUGUAAAAAGUUUCCCGAAAGGAUCUGAGAUUAUAAUGUCUGCUUUGAAUAUCCCUGAUAUGGAGAAAGUGAUCCGGCAUCAUGGUUUAAAAAUAGUACCUCUUGAUGUUAAUAUGGAAACAAUGAUGCCAAAAUAUGAACUCAUUGACUGCUUAGUUACAGAUAAAACUGUAGGUAUAUUAGUUGCACCAAUAUUUGGAAGAAUAUUUGAUCUUGAACCUUUUGUACAAGCUGCUCAGAAACAUCAAAUAUGCCUUAUUGAGGACAAUGCUGAAGCCUUUGGUGGCUUUGAGCUUGGAAAGCUUGGGCACCCUAAAACAGAUAUAUCUCUAUUCAGUUUUGGACCAAUCAAAUUCUACACUGCAUUCGGCGGAUCAGUCGUAAAGGUGCGUGACAGAAAGGUAUAUGAUAAGAUGCUUGAGCUUUAUGAAUCAUACCCUAAACAAACACAUUCCGAAUUCCUGAAAAAGAUUUUGAAGUAUUCAAUAGCUGGUAUUUUGCUCAAUGUUCCAUGUGCGUCCAAAACAACAAUAAUCAUUUGCCGAUUUCUUGGGAUUGACCACAAGAAAAAAGUGGUAUCCAUGUUGAGAGGGUUUCCUAGUGACUUGAUCCAGAGGAUAAGAUACCAACCCUCAAAUGCUUUGCUGCACAUGAUGUUGAGACGUUUUACCAUGUUUGAUAAAACUGACUUUGGGCUGUCAAGAAUCAAAGGAGAUUACAUCAGCGAACGACUUCCAGAAGGUGUUACUCAAGUAGGCAUGAAAGCGGAAGAGAACAACUAUUGGCUGUUUCCUGUCAUAGUUGAUAAUCCGGAAGAAGUUCUCCGCCAUCUGAAUGCCUCUGGAGUAGAUGCCUAUAGGGGGGCAACCCAACUUAACCUCAUGGAACCAGGGAAUGAGAGAGAAAACAAAUGGACUGGUCAGUUUAGACUAACAAAUGAAUUCAUGAUGAAGUACCCCACAGAGGCACGCUACAUAAUUGAUCAUGUACUGUACCUGCCUGUCAAUAAGAUGGUCCCAUUCCAUCAGUUAGAUAAAAUAUGUGAAAAACUAGAUAGAGCCAUUACAGAGAUUAGUAGUAAGAAUCUUGUGCCACUUAACAAGUCAAUGGGUCUGCAGCCAAAGUCUAAAUUAUGAACAACCAAUGCUGGUACCAAUGAUGCUCAAGGUGGUAUCCUUUAUUUUCAAUUCAUGUGAAACAGAAUCUUUGUUCAUAGAUACAUUCUGUUGUCUACAUAUUCACAUAGUAAAUUUUUUUAUUUCAUUUCCUCAAUAGAACAUGGAACAAAAAACUUAUUCAUGUAAAUAUUAAAUAUCUUGUAUUCAUUUUGUUUCAUUGACUGCCCUAGAGUAUAACUAAACCAAUGGGAGAAAGGGGGG